UAUCAAAAAGGCUGUAAUUAUUCAAUUCCCAGUUUAGCAAAGGAGGUCAAACUUAAGUUUAGCUGAGUAGAGCUAGAUUUCCCACCUUCGUUCUCAGCACAAACAUUUGCUUCCCAUCACACUUUGUCAGACAUGUUCACCACUUGUUGGCACCUCAGUACCAUUUCCAGGACAGGUGUGUUUUCUACACACUCCUGUUGCUUUUGGAUAUGCGGGAGCCUCUGCACACCCAGUGAGAUGCACUGUUGGAGAAAGUGUGUCUGAUAGUCAGUUUGAACAGGGCAGGAGCCACUGGAAACAUAAUGGACACAUUGUGAAGCCACUGAGAGAUGAAAGCAAACAGGGGACCGUGCAGCUUCAGCUCACAGACAGGCGGUCCAAACUACAGCAGCACCUGGCUGCGAAUGCUGGACCGCCCUUACCGAGAAACACAAUCAUAUAGAAUGUGCUUUUGUUUGAUUUUUAGAACUUUUUAAAAAAAACUUUAAAGUUUGAAAAAAAAUAGUAAGUUUUGUUAAAAGCCACAUUAAGCCAGUCUAGCUUGUAACAAACUCGUGAGCGCAGGAACUCUGCGCACUUCCGCCUCCAAAGAGCAGCUGCGUGUUGGCGCAGGAAGCGUCGGUGAUGUGGGAGCCGCAGAUCUGCUGCGUGCGGCGCACGGUGCGUCUGCGCGCCCGUCGGGACUAGUUCAUCCGAGGUUGUUGUUGAAACGCGAUCUAGAGGAUCUGGGAACUUUACGCACAGACGCGGGUGGAUGAGGAGGACACACCUGAAGAAGAAGCUUCCUCUUUUUUGUGGCGCAGAUUUUGUUGUUGCUGCUCCACCUGUUGAUGACGGUUCCAUUCGUUGUGUUGGAUGAAUUAAAGCGCGUCUGCGGUGCAAGUAUCGCGCAAGUUUCGGAUGGCUGGUGACUGGUAACCGCCGUCGGCGUCAGAUUACUCGCUGGUGAACAGGCAGCAUGGGGAACCAGAUGGACAAGCUGUCACAUUUAAGUUACGCAGAAGUUCCCACAGUGGACCCGACCGGUUUGGACACGGACGACGGUCCACGGAUCGGGGUGUCCUACAUAUUUUCCAGCGACGAUGAGCUGGAGGACGGCUGUGCGCUCGAUGGCUCCGAAAAGGAGUCGAAUCAGGAAGAGGAGCACUUCGAUCAGCGCGACGAGGUGGAGUGCAGCGUCUACCACAGAGAUGAGUGCAUCUAUGAGAGGAGCGCGCAACUGGAGGUCUACUCCCCGGAGAACCUGCUGAACAAAUGCAAAGCGGGGGACUUGGUGGAGUUCGUGGCCUCUGGCCAGUACCCGCACUGGGCUGUGUACGUGGGGGACUUCCAGGUGGUGCACCUGCACCGAGCCGAGGUGAAGAACAGCUUCCUGACGGAUGCAAGCCAGGGGAGGAGGUGCCGGAUCGUGAACGACUCCUACAAAUUCAAGCCCCUCGGUGCGGACAUGGUGGUGCAGAACGCGAUGGAGCAGGUGGGCCUUAAGGACCGGGAGCUGAGCUGGAGGAACUCUGAGUGCUUCGCAGCCUGGUGCAGGUUCGGGAGGAGGGAGUUCAAGAUGGGGGGAGAGAUUCGGAUCGGGAAGCAGCCGUACAGGCUGAAAAUCUUCACGUCGGCCAAGCACUCGCACGUGCUGGAGUUUCAGAGCUUGGAGGAUGCGAUCAUGGAGAAGAGGAGGAACGAUCACCUGGGCAGGACAGCCGCGCUGCGGGAGCUGGCCUGUCAUUACAGGAAUGUGGAGGGGAGCAAAAAGCAGCCAGGGGCGCAGUAAUGUCUGCUCUGUUGCAGUCAGCCCUUCUAAAACUGUAGCAAACUCUUGUUUUAGGUAUAUCUAAAACGUUUGUCAUGUUUCCCUGCAUUUGCCUUUAUUCUUCGUGGCCUUAGAGAUGAUUUAAAUCAGCACCUCCUGCCCAAAUAACGGGGUUUUAAGCUCUCCACAUAGUUCAUAAAGGAGAGUAAACUUCGCUCGAAUUAUACAGGAUCACAGCCUGAUCCUGUGUUGAGGCUUCAUUUAACCUCUCAGCCCAGAAAUAGUCACUUCUGCAGCAAAUACUUUUUCUAAUGAUCAAUUUUUUUCAACAGCAGACCUGUAAAAUUGGACUAAAAGCUGCCCGGAAAUGCAGGUAUGCAUCUUCAUCACAUGAAUGAAUGAAACUGCAGCAUGUUGUGCGCAUUUUUUGAUCCUUGUGCCAUCAUUACGAAAUGUAAAAAAACAAAGCAAAAAAACAAACAAAAACUAGUAAUUUCUGAGAUUAAAGAUGACAUGCUUAAGUACAUUUGAGUCAGUUUUUAAUGAACUGAAACAAAAUUAUUUUUUACAAUUUAAAGUUUUAUUUAAAUUAAUUACACCAAAUUUGUGAGAUUUGGUUACUAAAACUACGUCAUAAAAGUCUUUCAAAAGAGUAUCAUAUUUUGUCUAUUACUAAAAAAUAAAAAGAAGAGACAAUUUCACAAAUCUGUGUGUAUGUUUGUGGGAGUACAUGUGCCCAAAUUAAACAUUUUAAAAUAUCUCUUUACUCUUCACUUGCAAACCCACGUAUAUUGCACUAAACAGAUUUGGGGGUCUUGUAAGCUCAUCUGCAGAAACUCUAGCAGAGAAAGACACCGAUCUGCUAUAAACGAACCCAAUGGUGGAAAUCAAAACUAUACCUACUGCUUUAAAAAAAAAUAUUGUCAAAAUGAAGAGGAGGUUGGCUGCAUUACUUGGUCCAAAGAACCUACAAAUUUAAACUUUAUUAGAAGCAGAACAGCUGAUUAUUUUACCUCUCAACACACUGUUGUUCUUAAAAGAAAAUAAAGUAAUAAUCAUCAAAAUGUAUUUGACACUAAGCUGUGUACAAAAGUAAUUUUUUGGUAUAAAGUUGGACUUUUAACACAAGUCUAUUGGAAAUUGCUGACACAUGCCUCCAGUGGUCAUUUGAGGAACUGCAUCUGGCUUCAGAUGUGUUAAAGUAAAGUUGGAGCUCAUGGUUAACACAUUUUCCUGCAAAGUAGAAGAGGAAAAAAUGGGGAUGCGAGGUCUUUGCCAUGAUUAAUUUAUGAAUGUAAUGAUAAAGUGUUAUGGGAUACUAUUAAGUUGUCAUAAGGAAGGGAUCAUGGGUGUUUUAUGCCAAUUCAGAAAGACCCUCAAUAUGUUCUCUUAAUGUUUGCAUAUUAAAUUAAAAGAAAUGAUUUGUUUAAAUCAAUAUUUCACAAUGUAAAAAAACAUUUAUUAGAUAUUUAAAGUAUUAGCUGAAAGUUACACAUUUCUAUAAAGCCAAAAUGGCAAGGUUGGUGUUUUUGUCCAAGUGGUCAGACCUGAUUUUGUUGCACGUGUUCCUGUCACUUUUUUUAAAAAUCUGGAUAAACUCUGCAUCACUUUGUAUUCUUAACAUUAGUUAAAAAAAAAGUUACAAAUGCGGUUCAACCCUGUAUUGAUUUUUGGAGGUUAAAGUCUGAGAAGAUUCAUGAGUGUCUAGAGCAAUUUUCCUGGAAAUGACCCUUAAAGUCUUGGAGGUCAGGCUUUCAAAGUUCACUUGUGAGUAGCACUAAUGCAUUCUGGGAACACCAGCAAGUUCUUGAUUGGAGACUGAAUUUUGUUACUCAAAUAGGGAAAAUCUCGUACAGGUUAAUGAAUGUUUUUUUCAUGCUUACUUGAAAAUUAAACAUACAGAUUUUAAAAAAAAAUGUUAGUGCCAACAUCAACAUAUUGAAUAUUAGAUUUAUUUUGCCUUGGGUCUGAUAAAGUAUCUUUGUGUGUUUUUAUGUGUGUGAAACAAGAAUGCAAACACAAACAGUAACAAGGAAGUGAUUUCUUUAAAAAAAUUGCAAACUGCUUAAGCAAAUUCCAAAGAAAUAAUUCAAAUUUAUUGCUAAUUCCUUUUUCCUGUCCUCCUCAUUCACUGUUUAAAGUGUCCUCAGGCAAGACUCUAAACCCCAUGAUGGUGAGAAUAAUUGUGAGAGUAAAUUUUAUUACUGCCUUGUAUAAUUUAAAAAAUGCAUUGUAGACUCUAGGAAUCCCAAUAAGCAAUAAAUAUGUAAACCCAGAUUUUGCAUUAGAAUUCCUGCACAUUUGAAUAAAAAUGUCAUAAAAGUAACAGCAGUCAGUGAAACUCUUUCUGCAGCAAAGUGACAUUAAGAAAGUAAAGCAGGAAAUAAGGCUACAGCAUAAAUAAGUCAGAUUUUAGGGGUUUCUUUCCUUUGGACAUAUAUGAUCUACAGUUUGAUUGAAGAAACUGAAGGUGGAAUUAACUUGUAGUUUUGAAAUCUGAUGGUGAUCAAUUACAAUCAAUUACAAGUGUGUGAAACUUCUACAACACCAAGAUCUUAUAUGUAUUUGACAUAACAGCAAUAUUAUAUGUAAAAAAUUAGUGCAUUUUUGAAACAGUUAAUCUAUUUAAUUGUUUAUAAACUCCCUACUAGCUUUAACAAGUGUUUCUGAGAAGAUUCAGCUAUUGCUUCCAGGCAGUUUAUUAUCCACCAUAACAUCCAGGCUGCAACAUUUGUAAAAAAAACACAAACUGAUAUCAUUUUAUAAACAGGUUUCAGGAGUGCGAGAAAAGAUUUUUAGUGAUACAAAACGUUAAAGUAAGUCCAAAAUCUUCUAUGGCUAGGCUCCAGUCUGAAGUCCUUUUUGCACGUUUUUAUAUUUUAUUAAUUUUUUAAAUUUAAUUUUGUAGGCUUAUUCAUUUGUAUGAAAAACUAGUUCCAAAGUGAUGAAAGAAAAGGAUAUUCUGUCUAUCUGGAGGCAAUGUAAUAUUUGAAUACGCCAUGACAUGUAGUCGUCCUUUUCUUUUGAUGAACUGCUUAUCAAAAGGAAAACUAAAAAGUUGUGAAUAUAAUGCAGAUCCUCGUAAGGAUUUACACGAAACCAAAUGUCUUGUUUUGUUCAAAGCCACAAUUUUCACAUGAGCAGCAUUUCAAUCUUUUAAACGUUUGCCUGUAUAUUAAUUCUUGAACAGAAAAAAAUACAAGAGUGACUCUUCAAGUGUUUGUCGACAGACUGCGGUACAAUUCACACCAUUACCCUGAAAGCUGCUUGCGUACUAAACUCAAAAAGCUGCCAGCAGGCAAAGUCUUUCAUCUGAGGUCGAACAUCAGAGUUGGGAAGCUGAUUGAGAGGGAGAAGACAGGUGGCCUUAUUGUCUGUGUGGGCUUUGUUUAUUUCAGCAGUCGUGAUGGUAUUUGCCAUGGCAACAGUCACUGAUGGGUUGUUGCAUUGAAACUCCUCAUUUUGGGAAACCCAACAUCUCAAACAGAAAACAAGGCCAUGUGGACUCAUCACUGUUGUUUUUUUACGUUUGACGUCAGUUUCUUCAUUUUAAAGGACAAAUCGUAAGUAAUACCAUUUUUUCUCCAGUUUGAGCUCUUGAAAUAAUUUCCUCGUAUUUACAAACAAGAAGAGAAAAAUCUUACUGAAAUGAAAAAAGUAUUUUGGGUUCCUUUCAUGUUUCCCUCAUUCAUCAUCAUAGUCAGACAGAAAA